AUGCACGCAUCAAGGAUCCUGGCCACGAUGGGCCUCAUGGCUUCUGCCCAUGCCACGGUCAUCCGCCACGAGCGAGAUCUCCAAGCCAAUGCUGGUCUGGAGAAGCGAGCCGACAAGACCGCUGCUUGGGUGACCAUCGAUGAUGACAUGCAGCCCGCGACGACCUACACUCCCUCGUACACGACCGUUGAUGGCACCACUUCCAUUGUGGACGCUGCUCCUCACGAUCUCACCGCCAGUGUCUACACCUACACUAGCUGGGGCAAGAUUCACACCAGCACUGGCGAGCCUCCCAAUCCCCGGGCUACCGGCAAGAAUGGCGAGGGUGUCUUUUCUCGGUGCUACAACAAGGAUGGCGACAAUGCUCCCUUCUGCGCGCCUUACGCCAACAGCACCCUCGAUGUUAAGAAGACAUACUAUGUCACCUGGGACCCCGAUUUCUUCAACAAGACCAAGUCCACCGACAACUCUACCCUCAUGAUCACUCCCCGCCUCAACAUCUUCAACGGAUCGAGCGGAGAGUGGGAGAAGUACAAGGAGUUCACCGAUGCCGCCGUCCCUGCCGCUUGGGGCUACUGGCCUUUCGAUGUCAAGAACGACUACGUGAAGCAUUCGCACAACAUCUCCCUCACCCUCUACAGCAACAGCAACAACUCGCUCGAGAAGACCAAGUCUUCGACUCUGUAUCUCCACCUCAACUCUGAAGAUUUCCCCGAGAAGGCCCAUGAGAAGCUCCCUGCGGGCCAGACUCUUGUCAUUGCCCUGCCUGUCGUCUUCGGAUCUCUCUUCCUUCUUAUCGUUGGUGGAUACCUCUGGAACCGCAAGACCCGUCACAUUGGUCUCGGUAACAUCUCAAGCCGCUCCCGUCACGGUUACACUGGCCGUGCUAAGCGCCGCAUCUUUGGUGCCAGGGAUAACGGGAUCCAGCUCGACACUUCCGUUCCUCCUCCUGGCGAGUACCGUGAUGCUCCUCAGCGUGCCCGUGCCGAUAGUGACGCUCUCGGCAGCUUGGCUGGCAGCCCUGUCGACCCUAACUUCCCUCACCAGGGCAACGCUGACGGCCGCAAUGCCUUCCGUGACGAGAUGAGGAGACAAGAGGAGGAGCGACGUAUGUAA